AUGUCUUCAACUGAAGUUGUACUAGAAAACGAAUCGAAAAUAAAUAUUAUAGGAGUGGAUGAACUGCAAAACCACGGAAUAAACGCUUCAGAUCUACAGAAACUCAAAACAAGUGGAAUUCAUACUGUCAACACUGUCUUGUCAACUACAAGAAGAAACCUAGCAAAAAUUAAGGGUCUAAGUGAGAUUAAGGUCGAAAAGAUCAAAGAAGCUGCUAAUAAAAUAAUUAAAGUAGGUUUCAUUCCGGCCACAGUUCAGUUAGAUAUCAGACAGAGAGUAUUCGCACUUUCGACUGGCUCGAAGCAAUUGGAUUCCAUACUUGGAGGCGGCAUAAUGACAAUGAGUAUUACAGAAGUUUUUGGAGAGUUUCGCUGCGGCAAGACGCAAAUGGCACACACUUUGUGUGUCACGGCACAGCUUCCUAAAGAAAUGGGAGGGGGCGAGGGCAAAGUUGCCUACAUAGACACGGAGGGUACCUUCCGCCCAGAGAGAAUCAAACAGAUUGCAGCCAGGUACGAGAUUGAUCCUGAAGCUUGUCUUGAAAAUAUAUCCUAUGCAAGAGCAUUGAAUAGUGAACAUCAAAUGGAAUUGGUAGAGCAGCUGGGGGAGGAGUUAAGCUCCAGUGAAUAUAGGUUGAUCAUAGUUGAUUCUAUAAUGGCAAACUUUAGAGUAGACUACACUGGAAGAGGAGAAUUGAAUGAGCGCCAGCAGAGACUAAAUCAGCACCUUUUUAAACUGAAUAGACUAUCUGAAGAAUUUAAUGUUGCGGUAUUCAUGACAAAUCAAGUUCAAUCAGAUCCCGGAGCAUCUGCACUCUUUGCAUCUGCGGAUGGAAGAAAACCUGUGGGUGGGCAUGUACUGGCACAUGCUUCAGCUACCCGUAUCUUACUCAGAAAAGGUCGUGGUGACGAAAGAGUGGCAAAACUUCAAGAUUCUCCUGAUAUGCCAGAAAAAGAAUGCGUUUAUAUUAUUGGGGAAAAGGGCAUUACAGACUCAACGGAUUAA